CCAGAUCUACUCACCCAAAACUAAAACUAAAACGAAAACGGUGCCGUUUACACCUUCAAUGAGCAAGACUGUCUGAGACCAAUCCACAAAUACUCCCACACUCUUCAAACUCUAACGUCUUCUCCAACCUUCAACAAUGGCUGCCACUUUCCACACUCUCUCUAGAACAAUACAAUUACAGCAAUUCCCAGAGUUCAGAAAACCAAUAAACUCAUCUAAUUGCAUUUCUCUCUCUUCACAUAAUCCAUUUCUGGGUAAUCUUACUUUCUCUCUCAUCAAUCCUUCUUCAACAAGAACAUCUCAUUCACUCUCAAUUUCAACCAAACGACGCCCUGUUUCUGCUGCUGUCACCGUCAGCCUCCCAACUGUGAGUCCAAAUGGGGUUGUUGGUGAUAAAAGUCCCAAGUGGUCAGGGAGGGCUAUAAAGUCAUUUGCAAUGGGUGAAUUGGAAGCUAGGAAGCUCAAAUACCCUACAACUGGGACUGAAGCCCUUCUUAUGGGUGUACUUAUAGAAGGAACUAGUCCUGCUUCAAGGUUUUUAAGGGAAAAUGGAAUCACACUCACUAAGGUCAAAGAGGAAAGUAUAAAAUUACUUGGAAAAGGUGAUUUGUACUUCUUCAGCCCGGAGCAUCCCCCUUUGACUGAAUCCGCUCAAAGAGCACUUGAUUGGGCAUUGAACCAGAAGGUGAAAUCGGAUGAAAAUGGGGUAAUUACGACAAUUGAUUUACUUCUUGGCAUAUGGUCUGAGGAGGAAUCUCCUGGCCAUAAGAUAUUGGCUGCCCUAGGCUUCGAUGACGAGAAGGCCAACAAGCUUAAAUCAAUAGGCUCUAAACCUGGUUUUGAUGAAGAUAAGUAAUUCAUAUUUAACUUUCGAUGUUGCUAACAUUGUAAUUCUUUGAUCUUAGAGAGCAUGUGAAUGGUGACUGAGUUCAUGUAACGUGCUCAAUUCAUAGCUUUUCGUUCAUUCUUCAGUUGCGGAAAGUCCCUUCACUCCACAUGCUUUUUGUGUACUACCAUCCCCUCAAUGGAAAAAUUUUCAGAUGGGAAAAUCAUGAUUGUCAAUUAUUCCAAAAUUUAUGAAUUAUAAAAUCCGAAUUA